CAUAUUUUCUCGAUCAAGUAUUGUUUUGCAUGAAAAAUCGGAAAAUCGGACGAAUAUUUUUGUGUGAAAUAAACACAAGGCGCACACACACGGAUUUUCCCACGCACGCACGCACGAUACACAGCCACACGUGCGAGUCUGCCAGUGCAGCAAAUACACCGUGCCUGUGCAGCACAAACAUCAAGUUUUGAUUGCGCAGAGGUGUUUUGUUGUCCGAAUCAGCGGAGGUUUUCUGCUUUAAAUCGCAAUUUAAACCGUCUCUAGGGCCUGUGAAAGUUGUUUUAAUUCUCGCUGGAUAUUGGAUUAGUGGUGCAAGAUGACGAAAGUGGACAUUCCGUUGAAAACCAAGGCCGACGGUGGGUCGGAUGCGUUCAUUCAAAACGAGAAGGACGUUGAAGUACGAGUUCGUGCUCCGAAAAGGGUUCUGCAUUUCAGCGAUGGCACGCUCGAAGAGUACAGCGAUGACGAGACCGAUCAGGUGGAUCGUGCAGAUCAGGCCCCGGCCGUGGAUGAGUCGUCCUUGAAGUGGACGGAUUGGAUGCGCUACAAAACCUACAAAAUCGGCAGCACCGUCCUCGCCGGUUGUGACUACGUUGGCGAGGGUUUAGCUUCCUUCCUGGGCAUCACCACACCGAAGUAUAGCUACGAAAUUGAAGAAUUCAAGCGCCUGCAAGCGGAACAGCAAGCCGAAGAGCGUGCGAUUCAAACCUUUGUCGAACAGAACCGUCCCCAGAACGGCGAAGGCACGCACCACGUCACGUCCACACAGCCACCACCGGCAAAUAAAUCGACCGCAGAACCACCCAACCCGGACACGACCGUUAGAACGGAAGUGAGCACGGAAAAUGAAAUUCAAAAGUUUUGAACAUCCCACUGACCAUUCAAUUAUAAGGUUUCCUGUCCCAAAAAAAAAAAAAAGGUUCAAUGAUACCAAACCAAAAUGAGUGUAAAAUCAAAGAUCUAAAUUAAGCGUGCAGUUUGUGUAGGAAUAUGGAGUUUUAUAGCUUUGGAUGCAGAUGAUUCAGUGCCGGUCACCGUAUCCUCUCCCCGAGUAUGACAAACGAAAAGAAUCUAGUGUCUAGCUGUAAGGUUUUGUCCGAAUCAUUUGUCUAACUCUGAGGCUGAUCUGAGUAGGAAUCGUUCCACGGUUUGCGUGUCCAUCCGCAACCCGUACUUUGGGGCUUUGUUAGUGAUGAACGUUUACCCCUGGAUUAAUCGCGAAAUGGACAAGCAUCAUUUGUAAAUUGUGAACAUAUUUAUUAACGGCACUUUGCAUUAGGAUGCUUUCUAGCGCUACGGAUGAGCACAAAUGAUUGUAUUUUUUUCUUAUCUGAAAUAAAUGAAACGACUCAAUAUUAUUAUAA